AUGAGGACGGCACUUAGCUGCCUUCUGGGAUCCAUCAUUUUUCACAGGAUUAUCUCCGGAUUUCUCAUCCUCAAAAAUGUAAAAGGAACUCUUGGUCCACAUCAACAGCCCCCUGCUGCAUAUUGGAUUCUUCUGGAAUCGAAAGGUUUCUUUACUGGGCAUGAGGAAGACACGGACUUCAAUGGCAGUGGCAUAGUCUGUGAAGAAGGCUACAGGGUUGUAUCUAGGAAAGUGACAUCCUUGGGAACCACACAGAUCAGUUGUGAGAAGAUUCCCUUCCAUUGCCAACCAGAUAUUGCAAGACAAAAUGCCAGUGUAAGGCUGUGUUUCAGUGCAACAAAACCAAAGGUUAACUUAAAUCAUAACAGUUUCUACUGCUCGGUGGUGAAAUCCACAUUCAGACUCUUUACAUCCAUCUGUGAAAAUGUGAUCCAAACACGCAUCAUUAAUGAAGAGGACAUUUUAAAAAUCAAAACUAUCCAGUUAGAAGCUCAAGGAGACCAAAUAGCUAUUGAUCCCAGAGCAGUGAUUGACAGGACCAACCAAGGCCCUGUCGCUGCGGCUUUUAUAUCCUACAGUGGGCUGGAAACACUCCUGAAUGGGACAUUUCUGCAGGAUGAAACUUGGCAGAGCAGCGGAAAUCUGGAAAAAAGUUUCCAUUUGAACUCCAGGGUGCUAAGUGCUUCUACCAGCAGUUGGACAAUGAAUAUUUCCAGUCCUGUCAACCUCACUUUUCAACACCUUGCGAAUAAAAUUCCCCAGGAAAAAGCGGUUUGUGUCCACUGGGACUCUGCAAGCAGAAGUGGUGCCUGGUCCCCUGAGGGCUGCCAUCUCAUCCAGUCUAACAGCACUCAUUCUGAAUGCAGCUGUCAGUACCUGUCCAACUUUGCUGUGCUGAUGGCCCCCACUCCCAAGCAGGGAGCUCUGAUUCUCUCCAUUAUCAGCUACAUUGGACUCAUCAUCUCACUCAUCUGCCUCUUCCUGUCCAUUGUUACCUUUCUCUUUUGCCGCUCCGUCCAAAACAGCAGCACCUUCAUCCACCUGCAGCUGAGUUUGUGCCUCUUCUUUGCUGACCUCCUCUUCUUAAUCGGAAUUGACAAAACAUACAACAAGAUCCUGUGCUCAAUCAUAGCUGGGACGCUGCAGUACCUCUUCCUGGCCUGUUUUGUGUGGAUGUUCUUGGAAGGCGUGAACCUCUUCAUCAUCGUCAAGAACCUGAAAGUGGCAAAUUAUGGCGGUGCCAGCAAGGGCAUGAAGAUAUCCAUGUACCUCUGUGGCUAUGGGCUCCCUGCCAUGAUUGUUGGCAUUUCUGCAGCAAUUUCACCUGGCUCAUAUGGGACCCAUUAUCACUGCUGGCUUAACCAUGAGAAAGGUUUUAUCUGGAGCUUCCUGGGACCUGUCUGUGCCAUAAUCAUGGUCAACAUUGUGUUUUUCUGUCUUAUUCUGAAGAUCUUGCGCGAGAAGCUUGCAUCUCUCAAUUCAGACAUAUCUACCCUCAGAAAUACCAGGUCACUGACAUUUAAGGCAAUGGCCCAUGUAUUCAUCCUGGGCGUGACUUGGUGUCUAGGCCUCUUUCAGUUUGGCCCUCUGGCUGACGUAAUGGCAUACCUGUUCACAGUCACCAACAGUGUGCAGGGAAUCUUCAUCUUCCUGGUGCACUGCUUGCUGAACAAGAAGGUGAGAGAAACAUACUGGCAAUUGAUUUGCUGGAAGAAAGAUAUCCCACCUGUUUCUGAGAUGACUAUGACUUCUUUCCCUGUCAGCAGUGCAAUGAAAAAUGAGGAAAGCACUGCUUCAGGGAAACAACAGAAGGUGGAAGAGCCAUAA